CCCCCAGCCCCGCCUGCCUCCCCUCCCGCCUCCCCCUCCCUCCCCUCCCUCCCCCUCUCCGCCCGCUGCCGCCGAGGAGGAGGAGGAACAUGGCGAAAGCGGAGCAGGUCCUCAGCCUCGAACCGCAGCACGAGCUCAAAUUCAAAGGUCCUUUCACAGAUGUGGUCACUACAAACCUGAAACUCGGCAAUCCUACAGACAGAAAUGUGUGCUUCAAAGUUAAGACCACAGCACCACGUAGAUACUGUGUAAGGCCUAACAGUGGAAUUAUCGAUGCAGGAACAUCAAUUAAUGUUUCUGUGAUGCUGCAGCCUUUUGACUAUGACCCCAACGAGAAAAGUAAACACAAGUUUAUGGUUCAGUCUAUGUUCGCUCCAGCCGAUACUUCAGAUAUGGAAGCAGUAUGGAAAGAAGCGAAACCGGAAGAACUCAUGGAUUCGAAACUUAGGUGUGUGUUUGAGCUACCAGCGGAAAAUGAUAAGCCUCAUGACAUAGAAAUAAAUAAAAUUGUAUCCACAACUGCAACAAAGACAGAUUCCUCUGUAAUGUCUAAAUCAAUAAGUUCUUCUUUGGAUGACACUGAAGUUAAGAAAGUAAUGGAAGACUAUAAGAGGCUUCAAGUAGAAGUUCAGAGGUUACGGGAGGAGAAUAAACAGUUUAAGGAAGAAGAUGGACUGCGGAUGAGGAAGGCACCCCAAACAAACAACCCAAUAUCUGCUCCUGCAGCUGCUCUCAAGGAUGAAGGGCUCAACUCCAGACUACUUGCUUUGGUGGUUUUGUUCUUUGUCUUUGGUGUAAUUAUAGGAAAAAUAGCCUUGUAGAGGCAGCAUGCUGGAAAUUGUAAAUUGGUUUGAUGGUUCUGCCAUAUCAUUGGAUUAAAUUUAUUCAUAACAAUGUUUAAAAAAAAUUAAUGUAUGACAUCUCACAGGUCUUGCCUUUAAAUUACCCCUGCACAAAUACUAUGUAACAUAAUCUAGAAAGUUUAAAAUGUACAAUGAGUGAAUGAAUGAAAGAGAAUAUGCUUCAGUGAUGAAGGAGGGGAGAAAAUCAUGAUGUAACACUACAAUGGAAUAUUGUAUAUGUCAUUUUAAACAUUCUUAGACCCUGGUACAUGUUGCUGGAUUACUUCUUUUUAAAAAAGAAAAAAAAAAAAAAGAAAAAAUCGGAAAACAUUCUAUUCCUCCACUGCUGGAGCUGGCCCGAUUGGAUGUUUGGAGCUGGGUUAGGCAGGAGGUGUUGAUAACUUCUGUAAAAUACGUCAAUCCACCAUUCUGCUCAUAAAUUUAACAGUUUCUGUCAGUGUCUUCAACUCUGUGCAAGUUACCAAUUUCUUGGCACUUAAAUGAAUAGUGAGAAGCUGAAAAGAAUUGUAUGUGGCAAUGCUGAAUGUGCUAGGCAUCAUUAAGAGGCAUAUACUGACUGGUAUGACGCUCAUUUGGAAUAAAGGUCAAUGCCUUGUUCUCAUAAAGGGACCAAGCUACAUUGCUGGUGGUUCAUUUAGUUGAAUUGAGAUGUUAUUCAGAGAUGUUUAAUGCAUAUUUAACUUAUUUAAUGUAUUUCAUCUCAUGUUUCCUUCUUGUCACAAAAUUGACUAAUACUAUAUGGUAUGAAAAGGCACCUGUUUAAAGCCAGUGACUAGAACUAAAAAUUUGCUGCUGUAGUGAUGCAAGAUUCUUCGGCCUCCUGGUGUUUUGGGCACUACACAAUUGUUGGGAGUUUUGAUCAUCUGAGCGUUGGAGAAACAGUGGUGAGGAAACUGUUUUUGUAUGUAAAUAAGUCUAUCUAGGGGAAAAAAUAUUAGUAGUAAACUAGUCCUAUGCCGUAAAAGACCAAUCCUGUUUGACUAUGUAGCAUCUUAAAAAAGGAAAAAAAAAAAAAAAAGAAAAGAAAAAUUAAAUAAAGCCCCCAAAUUAACGUUUCCUUUGUUACUUUUGUCAUGUUCUCACAGUUUUAGAGGGGGGAAGAACCAGUAUUCUCUGUCAGCUUGGUUUGUUUAUCGCAUAAGGAGGCUUGCAGCCUUGUUUCAGGAUGAUUCUUUUUUUUCUAGCCUAACUUUAAAAUCAAACAACCCUGUCAUGAGCAUGACGUAUGCAAGUGUUGUUCAGAGUCACCGCGCUGACUGCUGAGCUGCAAGGUAAAUUCCCUUUUUUCAGUUUAAUUGCAUUCAGUAGUUAAGAUGCUUGAGAGCAUCUUGAGAGUUAGAUUAAGGUAAUUUUGUUUCUAAGCAUACUUUUAGUACAAAACACAUAAAUUUGGUGGAGUUUAACAUGUUGAACUUCAGUAGAUGAAAUAGGUUUGAGCAGAUAAAUUCCCACAGACUUUUAGAUGGUAGGUCCAAAAACUGUUGGAGACAAAAGGUUUUUGAACACCUUUCUGGGUUAAGAUACAUCUUUUAAAAGCAACUUCUUUCAUUCCUUUUAUUGUUAUUGAGAAAGCUGUUGGGGCUGCAGCCUCUCUACUAAACUCAUCAACCUUUGUAAUUGUUCUACUUAAGUCUCAAGAGUUUCCUGCUUUACAAGUGCAAAUACGUGAAAUUUUAUGUGAGGUUUAAUAAGAAAAUAGGAGGAAAAAAGUUUUAACUAGCGUGUUCAGCUUAUGAACACAAUUCUGGAAGUGCUUCUAGAAGGCUCGACAGAAAUUAGAGGUUUCUCUCCAGCAUUUUAAAAUGCUAGUGCCUUGUCUGCUCAGGGUGGAAGUGACACAGCUAUUGAAGUGUGCCUGGAAAGGGCAGAGAAGGUGGCAAAUGAGCUGAAAAUAAUGAAGCAGUGAGUUUGGUGUGACAAACUGGGCAGAACUGACCAAGAAAAAAAAUACUUCCCAGGCAGCAGAAGCUGAUGGAAACUUCUACGUGAAACAUUUUAAAGGAACCUUUUCAGAAAGACAGGUUUGUAAGUGUGGUUGCAAAAUUAGUUUUCAUGGCUUUGAAGAAUGUAUUUGAGAAAACCUGUACUGGCGGGAGACUGGGCUAUGCAGUGAGUUUUUUUAAGAGGCUGUAAAUAUCUUGAUUGCACUAAAAGGUUGUCAGAAGAGCUGAAUUCCUAAUUCGCUUUUAAAAAAAAAAAAAUAUUAACUUCUUUGAGCCCUCUGUUUUGCUGAAAAAAAGGCCUAAAAUAUUGUUUAAAAAAGAAAAUUGCUGUCUUUGCAGGAUAAAGCUUUAAACUGGUCUCUCGUGAGUAUAUCUGUAAUGAUGUUCUGGGCAAAUUUGACACAUGCUAUUAGGCACCACAUUUGACUUUGCUGGCACAGGCAGCUCCCAAAUGAAGGGAAAGCCAGCAGAAUGUCUGUCCUUCCAGCGUUCGGUAGUCACUGCUUAGGGAUCUGUGACAACUUGGAACUUUGAAUUGCUUGUGAGUAAAGUUGUUGCUGCUGUUUGCACUCCAGGAUUACAAAGAGGUCCCAGAAAACACCCUCCUGCUUUGCUAGGUGCUUUACAAAUGCCUGAUCGAGGAGAGCUACCAGCAGAAGACCUUAGUUAAGGAUCUGUUAGUAAUGACCGUAACCUGCAGUUGGGGCUGACCCACACCAUCAGUCCUAAAUGAGACUGUUAAACUAACUGCUUACGUUUUGAAACUUAACAAAACGGUGAGGUCUUCCCUAACCAUUUCUGACAGCAGCCUGAACAGACAGCAGCACCAAACUCUCUGGGUAAUGCUUUGCUUUUGCUGAGCUUCAAAUAAAAUGACUAAUCAGUGGAAUCCUUAUUACCUGUAUGUCUGACCAGACCCUGCUUUCACGUGAGGUAGAAAGAAAAACAAGGGUGCUUUUUCUUCCAAGGUUCCUAGAAGGCAAAUCAGUAGAUACAUUGCAAAAAUAUAUUGGAUGGGUGCUGUUAAGCCAGCUGGAUCUUUCGUAAGUUGUUCCUUACAUGAUGACACCAGAGCAAAGAUUUUCAUGAAGUAUGCAUAGAAAGUGCAUUAUUCUGGAGGGCCUUGUGUAUCUUGGGAAGUUAUGUGUGAAGCAGUUUCUAAAUGAGGUGUCCUCCCACACCAGAUAUUAGAAAACUGUAAUUGAUAGAUGAUAAUAGAAACCAAAUUACUACUUAUUCUAAUUAUUGUCCUUAUUGUCAUUUUAGGAUGCCCACUUGCAGAUAUAGUUGCUGUUAAUUUUCAUAAGAGCCAGUCGAGGCUGCUCAGGUAGUCUUUGUUUUGUGGAGCUUUGCACUGCUGGCUGCACUCUGGACAGAUUUGGUAUAAAUAGAUAUCUAAAAUGUCUUGAAGCCUAGUACUGGGAAAUGAAUAGAAAAUGGUUUCUACUAUUUUCAUGUAGUUAUUCGCAACCUAAAGCAAAUAUUCCAUGCAUGAAUGACCAUAACUAUUGCUCUGCAUUGGCAGUUGUCAGCUGUGAAUGCACAACUGGAACAAUCGCAUGUGCAAGCUGGGCACCCAGUUUCAAGUUACUGUUGAGUAGCUUUAGAGAUUGAAGGGCAAGGUGACACCACAUGUGUCACAUUGAGAGGGACUGAUGUACCAUAAUGUAAUUUUCUAAAAACACUGCAUUGUAAUAGCUUGGUGGUGGUAUUCCAUGUUACCUUUUUGUCCUGAAAUGCUAUUAGUGGGAUAAAGUUGGAACCUCACUUUGCAAAUUGUUAGAGUUUCUUCUCACCAAUACACUAUAAAGGGUUUCUAUUAUC